GGGCGGAGCGGAGACAGUGCGUCAUUACGCCACUCGUGUCACUACAGAAGUGGGUGCUUGAACGCACCAGGUUAAAUCCUCAACCAACGCAGGCGUCAAGCUAAGUAGAUUGAAGAGAAUUCAGCGCAGUUGAUUUUUGAUAGCCACGAGACCUCAGAGACAUUGCUGCUCCCCUUUCUCCAUCACUUUUUAUUUAAUUAUUUUCUUCAUACACUGGUGCUUCAACCCCAGCAGUCAAUGUUUGUUGGAGAGGAAAAGUGCAAGUAUAGACAAACGGCAAUUUCAGAGCAACAAUGAGCACAUCAAAACCCAGUGGACUCAAAGCGCCCAGCAAAAUCGGUAGACCAGCCAAUGCUGGGGUCGCGAAGACAUCAUCUUCUGCUGGUGCUUCUAAACCAACUCAAAGCGACAAAUCCUCAGCCGAAGCCCAAGAUGGAGGCGAGCAGUUCAAGAUCGGGGAUCGUGUCUGGGUUAAUGGCAACAAGCCAGGCGUCGUUCAGUUUUUAGGAGAGACCCAGUUUGCUCCGGGCCAAUGGGCUGGCAUUGUGCUCGAUGAGCCAAUCGGCAAAAAUGAUGGUUCGGUGUCUGGUGUGCGCUAUUUUCAGUGUGAAGCAUUAAAGGGUAUUUUCACACGUCCCUCCAAGCUUUCACGCACUGAAGGUGAGGCGGAUGAGACAACCACGGCUCCUCCGUCUCGUGCGGCGUCACCUACCCCCUCUAAUGCAUCAGUAUCUGCUUCAACCAAGAAACCAGCCACACCCACUAAAACAGCUCCGCCUGCCUCAGAUCUGGUGCGGUCGAAAAGUGAAUCGGUGUCCAAUCUGUCAGAGUCUGGUUCUGUCAAGAAAGGGGAUCGGGAGCUGAAGAUCAAUGAUCGAGUGCUGGUUGCUGGCUCAAAAGCUGGUGUAGUGCGUUUCUUAGGCGAAACCGAUUUUGCUAAGGGUGAAUGGUGUGGAGUUGAGCUGGAUGAGCCCUUGGGAAAGAACGAUGGUGCUGUGGCUGGAACCAGGUAUUUCCAUUGUCAGCCCAAGUAUGGCCUCUUUGCGCCAGUGCACAAGGUGACCCGUAUAGGCUUUCCCUCGACUACCCCAGCGAAGGCAAAGACCACUGUGAGGAAGACAUCGACCACACCAGGAGGACUGAAACGUAGCCCUAGUGCCUCCUCCAUCAGCUCCAUGAGCUCUGUGGCCUCUUCUGCUAGUUGCAAGCCAAGCCGUACAGGACUGUUGACAGAGACGUCCACAAGGUAUGCGAGGAAGAUCUCUGGCACUACGGCACUUCAGGAGGCCCUGAAGGAGAAACAGCAACACAUUGAGCAACUCCUGGCAGAGCGUGACCUGGAGAGAGCUGAGGUUGCCAAGGCAACCAGCCAUGUGGGCGAAGUGGAGCAGGAGCUUACGUUACUAAGAGAAGGCCAGGAGCAGUAUGUGUUGGAGGUUGAUGCCAAAAUGGACCAGCUGCGAGCGCUUGUGGAGGCUGCAGACAGAGAGAAGGUGGAGCUGCUCAACCAGCUGGAGGAGGAGAAGAGGAAGGUGGAGGACCUGCAAUUUCGGGUGGAGGAAGCUUGCAUUACCAAAGGAGAUUUGGAGACGCAGACGCAGCUGGAGCAUGCCCUCCUAAAGGAGCUUGAACAGAGUCUUCUAUUUGAAAAAACCAAAGCUGACAAACUUCAGAGGGAGUUAGAAGACUCUAGGGUGGCCACAGUCUCUGAGAAGUCUCGUAUCUUGGAGUUGGAGCGGGAUCUUACAUUAAGAGAUAAGGAGGUAGCUUCUCUUCGCAAGUCAUUGGAAGCUGUGCCAGGCCAGGAUGGGUUUCCUGACUCUAUCGUGGCAUCACUCCAGGACGAGCUCUGUUCCCUCCGUACGCAACUGGCCACUCAAAGCGACAGUCACCAAGCAGAGCUAUCGUCUUUGCGUGAGAUGCUUGAGUCUCGAGAAAAAGCACACAGUGAAUCCUUGUCAGAGCUCCAGUCAGCCUCAGGUCGCUUGUCAAAGGAUAAUGAGCAGCUUUUAGGUCAGCUGGCAAAAUCUGAGGAGGAGAACUCAAAAAUCAUUGAGCAGUGCCAUGCUAAACUAGCAUCAGUUGAGGCCUCACACCAGCAAGUCUUGGAGGAGCUCAAAGCCUCCCAUAAAGCAGGCGAAAUCGAGCUACGUAAUUCUCUGGAACAGUUAAAAUUGACACACAAGCUGGAGCUCGAGGAGCUCUCUAACAAGUAUGCUUCUCAAGCCAUAGGGAGGACGAGUGAAUCCAAAGAACAUGAGGCACAACUCCUGAGAGUCACUGAAGAGAAGGAGCAACUGAUAGAAUCUCUACGCACCAAUCUGGAGAAGGUGGAGGAGCAGCACCUGGUGGAAUUGGAGGAUGCCUUGGGAAAACUUCACAAUGCUGAGAUCAGGGUAAAAGAGUUGGAGGACACAGGAGCUAAGUUAAGUCAACAGUUGCAUGAAAAGGAGCAAGAAGCUCUGGGGCAAAGUUCAGCCCUUCAGACUCUACAGUCACAGCACAGUCAAGGAAACCAAGAGAUGCAAAGGUUAUUGACCCAAAUAGAGGAGGCAAAAAGUAAAGCCAGAUCUCAGGAAGAAAAGGUCACUGGGUUGAACUCAGUACUAGAGGUUAAACAGCAAGAGUUGAAUGGCCUGUUGCAGGAAAAGAGCUCUUUGGAGCAAGAAGUUAGUGUGCUGAAACAGAAUCUUGAAAAAACAUCUAAUGACCAAGCCAAAUCUUCUCAGACUAAUCAAGAGUUACGCGAGGAGCUCAGGAAUAAAGACGAACAAUGCACAUCUCUUUCUGCUGAAUUACAGGAUAUGAAGAGUCAAUUUGCUGGUUUACAAAGAAAUUUGAAAACAAGUGAAGAAAGGUGCCUGCUGCUGACCAAAGACAAAACUAAACUUGAAAAUGACAUUAUGGACAUGUCAAAAUCAUCGGGAGACAAUUCUACUCUAAUAACAAAGCUGAAUGAGGAAAUCAAUCGGAAAGAGAGGACACUAGAGGAGCUUCAGAACCAGCUUGCAGAGGAGAAGGAGAGGGCAGCUCAGGCUGAGGAGAGUCAUUCUCUAGCACAAGUCCAGGCUGAGAAGGAAGCCAAAACUCUCACGCAGAAGCACCAAGCAGAGCUUUCCAACCUACAGGAGAAAAUCAAGCUUUUGGAGAAGAGCGCUGAAGACAAUCAGGCUAAAGCCAAAGACAUGCAUGCAUUGGGAGAGAAAGCGCUUGCAGAUGCUGUGGAACAUCAUUCUAAAGAAAUGCAGGAAUUACACAGCAAGUUUGAAAAAGUACAACAGGAGCUCAGCGUGUCUCAGGAUGAAAGCUCGGAGCUGAAGAAACAGAUCGAAGAGUUGAUGACCUUCAAAGAAAAAGCUGCGGCCUCAGAGAAAGCAGAACAGACUGCACAGGCCUCGUUGGAGCAGUUGACCCAGGAUAACCACCAGCUUCAGAAAGACAAGUCUGAGACUGAGGCUCUGGUGACACAGCUCAAAAACGUAAUGCAAGAAAUGCAGGGCAAGCUGGAUGCUCUAACGAAGCAGAACUCAGAGUAUCAAGAGAAUCUGACUUCUGACGGUCAGAAGAUCAGCAGCCUCAGCAAAGAGAUUGAGGAGUUAAAACAAGAAGUCACUGUAAAAACCCAGGCAGUGGAUGAUCUGAAAAAUGAGAAGGAAAAGUUAACCAUGGAACUUGCCAGCAGCCACAAAGACAGUGACAUUCUACUAAAUCUCAAAAAGGAGUCUGACAGUCUCAACGAUCAGUUGAAGGAGAUGAAAAUGAGGGAAAGCACUUUGAGAAGUGAAUCUGAAAAGGAGAAAGAAGCACUUCAACAGUCUCUCCAAACACAGAGUGCCUUGAUCUCAGAAAAGUGCAAAGAAUUAGACUCUCUGAGAAAUAAGCUGGAUGCUCUAACGAAGCAGAACUCAGAGUAUCAAGAGAAUCUGAGUUCUAACAGUGAGAGGAUCAGCAGCCUCAGUAAAGAGAUUGAGGAGUUAAAACAAGCAGCUGCUGAAAAAACCCAGGCAGUGGAUGAUCUGAAAAAUGAGAAGGAAAAGCUAACCAUGGAACUUGCCAGCAGCCACAAAGACAGCAACAUUCUACUAAAUCUCAAAAAGGAGUGCGACAACCUCAAUGAUCAGUUGAAGGAGAUGAAAAUGAGGGAAAGCACUUUAACAAGUGAAUCAGAAAAGGAGAAAGCAGCACUUCAGCAAUCUCUCCAAACACAGAGUGCCUUGAUCUCAGAAAAGGACAAAGAAUUAGACUCUCUGAGAAACGAGCUCGAAAAGGAGCGUGACAGCCUCAACAGUCAAUUGAAGAAGAUAAAAAUGAGGGAAAGCACUUUAACAAAAGAGACAGAAAAGGAGAAAGCAGCACUUCAGCAAUCUCUCCAAACACAGAGUGCCUUGAUCUCAGAAAAGGACAAAGAAUUAGAUUCUCUGAAAAAUGAGCAGAUAACAAGUCUGCGGUCCAAUCUGAAAUCACACAAGAUUGAGAAUGCUCAGCUGCAGGAGCGACUGAAGGGUCUCGAGAGGAGUCUAGCUGACAUUCAGAUCACCAGCAGGGUAGAUGACGCCUCAGAUGAUUCUGCCUCAAAAACAUUGAGGGAGGCAAAGGAGAAUGCUGAGCAUCAGGUUGAAUUCCUGAACACGGUUAUUGUGGAUCUGCAGCGGAAGAACGAAGACCUAAAAUCGAAACUAGAGAAAAUGGCUGAAGCAGCGCUCAAUGGAAACGGUGCAGCUGAAAUGGACCGUCAUAACAGUCACGCUGAGCCGAUUAAAAAGAAACCCCCUCCCCGUCUCUUCUGUGACAUAUGCGACUGUUUCGACCUACACGACACCGAAGACUGUCCCACCCAGGAACAGAUGCUAGAUUCCCCGCCGCACACCACCUACCACGGCAGUCCCAACGACGAACGACCUUACUGUGACAUCUGUGAGGUCUUUGGCCACUGGACAGAUUCCUGCAAUGACGAUCAAACUUUCUAGGGUGUUGGUACCAUGAUCCCGCAGCAUUUAUACUUGCAAUACUAUGCCUUGAAUCAAAGAGUGCACAAAAGACUAUCGUGAGAUUGUGUGGGUUUUCACUUGUGUGUUUACCACCAUAUAAGCCUAAACCUUUCAGUCACUUUAAAGCAAGCAUCAGUAGUUUACUCAGUGGCAAUUUUACCUGCCUUUAUUGCACUGAAUGACUGUUCAGAGGAAGGAGUACCUUUAAAGUACCUUGAAGCGAAUGCUCAUUCUUUAUCUGGUGAUAGAGGUGGUUAACCAGGAAAUGUUCUCUUUAAAGGUCUUUUGGUUUCAGAUCUUUGAACUUCAGUGCUGACCUCUAGUGGAAGGGAGGCUUGACUUCUCAACGUCUCAUCAGCCUUUCACACGUCACAGAGUUUGGAUACUGUACGAGAAGUAGUAAUAUAAAGAGUAAAUUAUUCUAGGAUUGUGAAAAUUUCAUUAUUUCUCAACAAAAAGAAGUAAAUAUGUCUGUUUCAACAAACUUAUCUUUCAGGAUGACUGUUAGGAAAACAUUUGCCCAAAACGAAUUGAAAAAGAAAAGUAACCAUCAUCUUACUGUUUUUGAUACUUUAUUACAAGUUGUGGAGAUCUGGAAUGAAUGAAGUGGGGACUGUUUUCAGUAAAAUCAGCAUAUGUUUCACAGGAUGUUUGUGAGACAUUUAUUUGUAUAAAGGUCAAAUGGCGAAAAUCUUAUGGAAAGAAACUUCAUAAAAUAUCUUUUAAGCGCAAAAAAAAAUCUUUGUUGUGUUGUAUGUUCAUGUUAAUGUGCUGCUCAAAAAAAAGGAUGUAUGGCCCUGAAGAGCAUCCUGAACUGUCUGUAGAAAAUCUAGGGCUAUUUGGCUCUUCUCCAAGCCAGACAUUGUUUUUCAAAAUGAAACUACCUGAUAAACGAAGCAGUGAGUCACAAUAAACAUUGUUUUCAAAUAAAAUUCUCUGAUGUUGAUCAUAAGUGUGAA